AUGGGCCCGGAGUGCUGCCACGGCAAGCCUUUGGCCCCUACGACCUUCCCAAAACAUGCCACAAGCCCGCCAACCGCUUUCGUCACCGCCAUGCCGAGGCGCAUCAUUCCGGAUCUCAGGCAGUCUCUUGACUGUCUUCAGGAAGCAUCGACCAUCACCACCGCUACCAUGACAACAGACGCGGCUCCCCAGGUUAACGACCUCCUCAUCGUGACGGAUGCCACGUCGUCUAUGAACAGUUACCUACAAGCUCUCCGCGAUGUCCUUCCCGACAUCAUCCGGGUUUCCUCCCUCACACGCUGCUUUUCGCGCGUCGGCAUCAUUGCCUACCGUGACUAUGGCGGCCGUGCCGGCGCGGCUCCUGUGACUGAGUGGUCAGGCUGGAACUACAUGGACGAAAACGACGAUCAUGGCGAAAGCAUAACCCAAACCGGGCUCAUCGACUUCGCCAACACUCUUCAUGGCAGUGGGGGCUACGACUGGCCCGAGGCCGCCAAGAGUGGCCUUGCGCUCGCACACAGCGUCAUGCGCGAGGACGCGACAACCAUCAUGCUGCUCUUCACUGAUGCCCCUCCCCACCUCCUAGCUGUGGGAGGCGUACCAUGUCAGGCUGAGAUCGUCAAGCUGUCGGACCGGGAGAGUUUUGGCGGCAGCGGUCCCGACUUUAUCGAUUGGAUCUCAGGUGCCACACUCUUGUCGGAUGGCGACCGCAAGGCCCAAGUCUUUGCCCUCGUCUACGCCACAGAUGUCCAGGCGUCACUCCUGUACCUGACCACCAUGACAAACGGCAACUAUUACCACCUCAAAUCAGCCACGUCAGAUGUCGUUUCCGACUUGACCAUGCAUGUGCUCCUGGCCUGGAUGGGAUUUGCGAACGACCAAGACGAACACUUCAACGAUAUCGUAACGACUGCCACCUACCGCAACACAGAUGGGCUGAGAGAUGCUCGGAAGGAAGGUGACGCGAGUCUGCGAAGUUUCAUGGAUUCGCAAGCUUGGCGGCUUCAGUCCAGUCACGUCAACUUCAACAUCACGUUGAGCGAAAAGGCCCAAGGCCAUGGGACGACUGUGGUUGUCACGAACCCACGCGCGUUGCCCAUGCAAGCGCUCGAGGCGAGAUACGCCAACGAUGCCGAGUACCGCGUCUUUGCGUCAAAGCAGCUUGCCGCCAUCAUCGAGAGGAACGCAUCCGCCGUGGCGACACAUCCCGUCUACGGUUCGCUCUGGCGUGCCGUCUGUGCUGAUAGGGCGAACGAUGCCCGAGCCGGUCUGGUCAUGGCGUUUGGACAGGCUAUCGACCGUAUCACCAGUGAAACAAAACGUCAGAAAAUGAAGGACUGGCUCGCGCAAUCUUACGAUUUCAGCGCGGUCAUCAAAGAUGCCAUCAGCGAUGUGACCGAGGACGAACGUUAUCCCUGCGUGCUGUUCGACCCAACAGAGAAUUUCACGGCCGUCGCUACCGCCGGAGGCACAGACAACCGACCGGUCACAGACUUGACUCGCGAAGAACUCCUGGAGAUUGGACGAUCGUGUGACCCUAGAAUCCUCCGCCGCCUCGGCAAGGUGCUUACGCAGCUGAAAUAUGUCGCUACCGAGGCCGAUCUCCCUGCCCACCUCAGAGACGGGCCCGGCGUCGAUGUUCCUCGUAUCCCUCUGGCGCUCGCGAAGCCUGAGCACAAGCGCAGCUUUUGGAAGCUCCUACUUCACACCAUUGUUCCAGGCACGCAGCUUUCCACGCGCCCUGCCGCGCUGCUUGCCGCCCUUGCCCUUCGCAUGGGAAUCCUGCCGUUGAGAGCGGUCGCUGACCAAGAAAUGAUUGCGUUCAGUGACAAGUGGAAUAACUUGACGACAACGGAAAACUGGAACCUUGGCUGCCUGUUUCUGCUCCUCGACGCAGACAGGGAUUUCGAGGUGCGUGUCUCGGAAGGGACGGCCCAACGCCCCAGGCCUGAUGCCCACGUUCUUUGCGAUGAAGAUCGCCGUCUGUUCCGCACUCUGGUCGACUACAAGAUGCUGGAGCAGAACCUGCAGACAACCCUCCAGGCGCGGAUCGGUUGGCAGCCCUCCAAGUCCAAGGUGGCUCUCGGCCCUGUCGCUCCGUGCAAACGUUGCAACAUGCCACGGUCAGUGACCAUCAUGGGCCGGGGCGGCAUCUGUGGUGUAUGUGAGUCCAACUACGACUGCCGUUGCCAGCGCUGCGUGAAGCUGGACAACCACGCGGAAUGCGUGUGGACCAACGUCACGGCGCACGACGACGAGAAGACGCCUGCAACAUGGGUCGAAUGCUCCGUCACGACCUGCCGUGCUCAGUACGUCGUGUACACCCCGGACAGGCUGCGGGUGCGGCCCAAGUGCUACUAUUGCCUCCAUGCCAGUCAGCCUGACCUUGGCAUUGGAGCGUCGCCGACCGUGGAGUGCACAACUUGCCUCAACCGAAUGAUUUGGCCCAACGAAAACCGUCCCCACGGCUUUGAUGAGGGCUCUUUCAAGUGUCCGGCAUGUGUCACCGGCCUCGUCACGGUGAUUGAGUACGAGACCAAUGUCACGAGAAUGAGGGAGGAGAACGGGUCGCAGUGGCUGCUCCGCAACGACAGCAAUGCCCUCGAGGAGCCUUUCAACGGCCGUUCUCUGUUCCACACCAUUUCCAGUGUCAAGGAUAUCGACUCGUUGGCUUCCAACGUCGAGAUUCUCCCAGCUUUCGCGACGAGUCUGACGAUCAGGGGCAAGACUGUGCAGAAUCAGGAAGCUCUGCUUUCGUGUCUGCGGGGCUGGGUAGACCAACGCCAGUCCGAGUCUGGCACAUGCACGCUCUGCUUCUCAGACCUGCGCAAGACCGACCUCCGGGCUGCCUGCGGCAGGAGAGGCUGCGGCUCUCAGAUCUGCACCUCCUGCCUGGACGGCUGGUACGGUCUGAACACGCGGGGCAGGGUUCUCAACGUGGCAGCGCUUUCGUGCCCGUUCUGUCGACGACAGCCUACAGCACACGUGGCCAACAGGUACGGGCUCGUCCACGUUGGCGGGCUUCGCGAGGCCGUGGCCAAUCCUGCCUGGAUUUACGCCUGGUGCGCUGGGUGCGGGUUUGCGAAGGAGUUUGCCGAAAGAGUGUGCGCCCAGGGCGCGCCUGCAGACGUGCAAGACUGGCGAUGCGGGGAGUGUGAGAUGCCGCAUGCCGAGACCACGGGGAGAAAGGUGGCCAUGGUGAUGCGUGAAUGCCCUGGAUGCAGCACGAUGACGGAGAAGAUCAGUGGCUGCGAUCACAUCACCUGCCCGAACUGUGAUGCGCACUGGUGCUUCCAGUGUGGUGAAGACGUCGGGUAUGGCCAGAUCUACCAGCACAUGAGCGAGGAGCACGGUUGCUGGUGGGAUGACCGAGACGAUGGUGAUGGUGAUGUUGAGGAUGAGUGGGAGUAUCAGUAUUGA